UGCCGCGGGUCGUUUGGAGAAACAGUUCACGUUUUACCGCUGUUCAGUUUGUAUCGCGCGUUUCUUCACUCCGAUCGACUUUUGUCACCUCGGCCAAACUGUUUGCUGGUGUGUUUCUGUUAGUUUUGCCUCCUGCUUUCGUCCGUUUUGUGUGACAAUAAUCAUAAUCAUAAUUCGCUAAAUUAUUGGAUACCCCGUACUCCGGUUGGUGUGGGUUUUGAAGGGGGCAACAACAGCUGGGAGAUCUCGUAUUGUGCAUUUCGUGGCCUAACAGCCGACGACGUUGCUUAUCUCGUGCGAUUUCCGUUAUACACUGUGUGCUGUGCUUCGAUCUUCGCAUCAACCUUCUCCUCGCGUCUCGGUGUUGUGGGUCGUGAGAAAUCCAGUAAACGAAUCAAAUUGUUACUUUCAUACUGUGCCCCCAGAGUGCCGUCGGCGGUUUAAUUUUGCCUUUUUUUUGUCGUUCAUUUCGGUGGCAGGUGAUCUUUUCAUAUUUCGUCCGUGCCGAGCAGAUUGAAGAGCUGUUUGAAGCUUGAAUGGUGUGUGAAGAAGAGGCUGGCUCUCGAGUGGAUACUUGGCGGUAAUGGACUUAGUGUGCUAAGAGUAGUGAUUGUUCUGCGCCUUUCGGCGGCGACCGCCCAAAAGUGUCCGCGCGGCGUAAUUACAGAGUGUGAACUGGGGGGCUGAGAGUAAUAAGAGCAGAAAUCAAUUGGCGCAAGCAGACGACGACAACGACGCACAGCGUGGAAACUAGUGGCCGUGGAAAAUGGUCAUCAAUUUCAGGCAACUGCUUGUCGUUCUUCGCCGUCAUCAACGGCGGUGUGAUUACCGGGGCCGAGGCAAGUGACGACAGUCUCUGACAAGUGGCAGCACGAUUGCAAGUGAUUUCCAAAUUAUAUCGCUGCCGGGCCGACGAGAAGAGAGCUCCGAGCGUGAUAGUGGAUGAUACAAGGAAGGGUGAAAGGAAGUUGAAUAAAUUAAUAUAGUUUUUUUUCCUCGGUUGGUCAGUGAAGAAUGAAAGUUCCCAUUGAAGCCUACCGGUUGUGUGUUGUUGUUGGUGGAAUUUCGAUCCAAACGGUUCAGCCACGGCCAGCAGCACUAGCGGAAGAAUUCUGAACCUGUUGAAGAAACGGCACACUAUAAUGGUAUUACUCGACGCUGGGCUGGGAAAGAACAAGUGAUGAAUAUCGUCGUCAUCUGGUGUAGAACAGCAAAUACAAUUGGCAGAAGAAAAGGAAAAAGUGAUACCGGAAGCAACGGUGGCAACGGUAGUGGUGGUGGAGGUGGUGCCGAUUGCACUUAGGUGGACCUCAGUGCUACUGGAUUAGAGCAGCCGGAAGUGGUGUUGCUGCUGCUGCUGCUGUAGUUACGAUUGUUGCAACGAUCCGUGUGCGACCGCAGGCGGGAACUGCGGGAACUGAGACUGAGAGCGGCGAACAGCCCGUAGUCCGUACGGAGCGGUGUGCAGUGCGCGAGUGAUAGUGAAGAUGGGCAUCGGUGGCUUGCCCGCGCGGACUGAUGUAGCCGCCGUCGUUGUCCUGCUCCUGCUAACAACUGUGAUCUCAAUGGUUUCCUCGUCGGGCUUCUUCGAGAUGCAAAUUCUGGAGAUAGCCAACACCAACAGCCAUCUACUGUCCGGAUACUGCUGCGGUCUGCCGGCGGACAAGCAGCAAACCCAAACGACCGGAUGUCCGGCAUGUGCAACGGCGUUCAGUUUGUGCCUGAAGGAGUACCAGGGCACGACGUCCAGCGCCCAGCAGCAGCUGCUGCUGAAGGGUGGUGGCGUCCAGCAGGCGGAUAUCGUCGGCCAUAUGCAGCAGCGAGGGGAAGCCCUGCUCCUGGAACCGCAACAGCAACCGUCGGCCAUGUACGGGUGUGCGUUCGGCAAUGCCAGCACGCCGGUGAUCGGCGGUUCCAGCUUCGUCCUGUCCGAUUCGGAAAUCGGCCGGGUCACGCUGCCAUUCACGUUCCGGUGGACGAAAUCGUUUACGCUUAUCCUGCAGGCGCUGGACAUGUACAAUGAGUCCUAUUCAAUAUCCGACCGGCUGAUCGAGGAGACAUCAUUCUCCGGCGUCAUCCUACCUUCGCACGAAUGGAAUACAUUAGAUCACACGGGGAAGAAUGCCCGGAUCACCUAUCGGGUCCGGGUGCAGUGUGCGGACAAUUACUACAACACGACAUGUACGACGUUCUGCCGGCCCCGGAAUGACCAAUUCGGCCACUAUACCUGUGGCGAGCAGGGCAAUAAAGUGUGCCUACCGGGCUGGCAGGGCGCCAACUGCGAGAAAGCAAUCUGCAAGCCAGGAUGCGAUCAAAUUCACGGCAAAUGCGACCAGCCCGGGGGAUGCGAAUGUCGUCCCGGCUGGCGAGGGCCACUUUGUAACGAGUGCAUGGUCUAUCCAGGCUGUCGCCAUGGUUACUGCAAUGGUAGCGCCUGGCAGUGCAUCUGUGAUACCAACUGGGGUGGAAUCCUGUGCGAUCAAGAUCUCAACUACUGCGGCACUCACGAACCGUGCAUGCACGGAGGGACCUGCGAAAAUACGGCUCCGGACCAGUACCGGUGCACCUGUGCGGAAGGCCUCUCGGGAACGCGGUGUGAAAUCGUCGAACAUCCGUGUGCUCCUCAGCCUUGCAAGAACGGAGGCACCUGCGCUCUGACCGGAAGCUAUGGAAUGGGCCGCGACGGUCAGGACAAGCUGGGUUCCAGCAGUACGCCCCCGUCGAUUAUCGUACGGGGGAUGCGGGGGAUGAGCUCGAUGGGAAAGCCGUACGGUCGAAGCGGUAUGAGUGCAGGAGCCGCUGCAGUGGCUUCGUUGUCCGCGAAAGCCAACGGCGGUGUGGAAGGCGGAGGGGACAACGGUGGUGGAGGCGAUUCCAAGGACCAAGUGAGUCGACACAUUUCGCCACCGCAGCCGCUGAAGGAUUUCGUCUGUACCUGCGCACCCGGAUGGACCGGACCGACCUGUGAGAUAAAUAUUGACGAAUGUGCCGAAGGACCGUGCCAAAAUGGCGGUACCUGCAUCGACAUGGUCGGCAAAUUCCGCUGCGAGUGUCCCCCGCAGUGGACCGGUGAAACGUGCAAUAUCGAUGUCGACGAGUGCGAAACGAACGUGGCAUCCGGUUUGGGGCCUUGCAUCAACGCCGAAUCCUGUCGGAAUCUGCCCGGUUCCUUUCAGUGUAGCUGCCUCGAGGGCUGGGGAGGUCCGACGUGUGCGCAAAAUCUGGACGAUUGCGUGGGCCGGUGCAAAAAUGGUGCCACCUGUAUCGACCUGGUCAACGAUUACCACUGUGCCUGCGCGGUUGGCUAUACGGGUCGUGACUGCAGCACCGAUAUCAACGAGUGUGUGAACUUCCCGUGCCGCAACGGGGGCGAGUGUGUCGAUCUGAUCGGUAACUUCAAGUGCAUCUGCCCGCUCGGUUACUCCGGAACCCUGUGUGAGGAAGCGAAGGAUCAUUGCACCUCAUCGCCUUGCAUCGAGGGUCGCUGUUUGAACACACCGGGCGGCUACUACUGUCACUGUCCACCGGCACGGGCCGGGAGGCACUGUGAGUUCCUCCGGACGCCAUGCAGCUCUCCGCCAUGUUCCAACGAUGGCUGCACCAUGCCGAUGACGAAUGAAUCCUCGAUCAACACGGCCAGCUUGACCCCGUGCAGUGGACGUGGGAAAUGCGAAUCCAGUGCGCUCGGGUCGAGCUGCAUAUGUCAGGCCGGAUUUACGGGGUCCUUCUGUCAGCACAAUGUUAACGAGUGUAUUUCGAAUCCAUGUAAACAUAAUGGGAUCUGCAUCGAUGGAGAUGCGGACUUCAGCUGCGAGUGUCCUCCCGGUUGGACUGGGCGAACCUGUGCGGAGCGGGCCGUCCAGUGUCAGCAGGGUCAAUGUUUGAACGGAGGUUCCUGUAUACUGUCUCCGAUUUCCGGCAUUUCGCAGUGCCGCUGUACCCUCGGCUGGGGCGGACCGUUUUGCAACGAACCGGUCGAUCAGUGCCAGGGACAGCCGUGUCAUAACGGAGGUACGUGCGAGUCCGGUCCUGGCUGGUUCCGAUGUCUGUGCGCUCGGGGUUUCUCCGGACCGGAUUGCCGCAUCAAUGUGAACGAAUGCUCGCCUCAACCCUGCCUGGGAGGGGCCACCUGUAAGGAUGGAAUCGGCGGAUUCACCUGCAUUUGUCCUGUCGGACGGAGGGGCGUACGCUGUGAAAUUUUACUAUCGGACCCCUCGUCCGUUUGUUCGAACACUACCACAAAUUCGCCGUACGAUCCGUUGGUUGAUCGGGACACUCCGACGACCGUGAUAGAUGAAAGCAACUGCAACUCAUGCGUCUGUGCCAAUGGGAAACCACGCUGCUCAAAUCUGUGGUGUGGCUUGAAGAACUGCUUGAAUAGGAACCUCUCGAACCACGCCUGCGAAACCCAUCAAGUCUGUGUACCGUCGGCACAGGAGAGCUGCCUUUCACCACCUUGCUCCCCUCGAGGAGACUGCCGAACGUUUGAACCGUCGCGAAGAGUCGCUCCUCCUCGCAUUCCAGCUCCGAUUGACUGCUGGCCCAAUCAGGCAACCUUGGGCUCGCAGUGCGCCCGAAUCUCCAUCCUGUUGGAGCUGAACCGAUUAGUACGAGGAACCUCCGUGGAUGGGCUGUGCCACAUUCUGCGGUUACAGCUUGGCGAGAAAUUGAUCAAAAACCCUUCGUUUGAUGUUUCCGUCUUCAUAGUGAUUCUCUGCGAUCUCAAAGUGGGGACCAAUGACACCAUCGAGGUGACUUUGUCCACACCAACGGACAGCAGUGCAAGCACGGGAUCACUUCCGGAGGUAGUUCGGUUGCUAGCGGAGAUACUCUCCCGUCAGCAGGGCAUCCAGAAUGACUCCUUCCAAACGGACAUCACGGAGGCCGCGCCGCUGACCUCGAUCCUCGAGGUCAAAGUAGAAACGGCCCUCAUCAACGAGACCAGCAGUGAUUCGAACUAUUUAAUUGCCUUCGGUUUUGGUAUAGCCGUAGUAGCCCUCUGUCUGGGUGCUUUUGUGGCCCUCGUAUGGCGACAGAAAAUCCACAGCCAUUCGGGAUCCGGUACGAACCUCACACCCCAUCUGGACCUCUCCCGAGGUCACGAGGAGGAGAAAAGUAACAACCUGCAAAACGAGGAAAACUUUCGGCGGUACGCAAACCCCCUGAAGGGCAGUGUAAGCUCCCUGCGUGGUGCCAUGGAGUUGAGCCUCAAUCCGGCACCGGAGAUCAACCAGAUUGCCGGACCGAGCAGCGCACUGCACCGAUCUCAGCAGCUGUAUCCGAGCUGCGGUUCCGAUGCUGCCGAGUACGAGAAGGAUCCGGACAAGCAGAAGGCUGCCAACCGGAACUCGCACAUUCUGCUGCACAAAACGCAGAAUGCCGACGUCACCAAGAACAUCGUCAGCUCGAUCGAGAGCCAACACAAAGACUUCGGUAAGCGGAGUAUCAACGAUCACACGGCGUCCUCGGUGGUGGUGUUGGGGACGGGUCAAACACCGCAAACCGUGAGUUCACAGUCGCCAGUCGCCGCCAGCGUUGCCAGCGUUCCAGCCGUCGUGCCCAGUAGUACGGCACCCCUGACACCAGCGGCGGCGAUGCCCGAAUCCGAUGUUCUCACUGUACAUGUGUAAGUGAAAGCUUUUUUUUAUCGUCAAUAACUAGAUGUAGAACACGAUUACAAACGAGUAGAAAGCCGAAACGUUGCGCGGCUGAAUCAAGAAAAGAGAUUCUCAUCUUAAUAGGACUAUUUUUAUGAAAAUUAUAAUACAAAAAAAAAACGUAUUUAUUUGCCUUCCUAGCAAUCUAAGUCUAUCUGUGUAAAUAUUAGCCCGAUAGAGGAUUCAACGAGAAGAAGUGAGCGAAUGAGAGAGAGCGCGAGCGCAACUUGUGCAAUGAAAUGACUUUUUUUAAAUAACCUCUUCCACUCUAGCUUAUAAAAGAGAGUGUCAGAAAAAUUCCGUACUUUCUACCAUCGCAUUUUGUUCGGGUUUUUUUUCCUCCAGCAAAGCGACGGGAUACGAUUUAACUGUGUAACUUUGGAACUAACAAGCGACAAGCAAAAAAGGCCAACUGCAGACAAGUGUACAGUUAAAUGUAAUGUGAUAUUAAGUAAGGAGCAGUACUAUGUUUAGGCAACAGAUGAUAGAGCAACGCAAAACGCACAAAACAGUGAAGAAAAAAACAACAACUUAAGCUAACUCUAAAUUGAUUCUUUACAUUUAAAGAACUUACCUUAUUGUCGAUGGAUGACAGUAGAACAAGUUGCAGACUAACUUUUAAACACCUUAGCCAGUAAGCGAAGCAUUCCAGCAACCAGUUUAUCAUCUAACAGAAUAAAAAGAAAAUACGUGCAUUGUUUUCACAGUAUGUAGUAGAAAAACUAAAUAAAAUAGUUCCUUGUUUUUAAUAUGUUCGCGAAACUUAGUGAUAGAGAAAGUUUUUUUUUGUUUCCUGCAAAUUGUACAGAACCUUAUGCUUAAUCAUCUUCUUCUGUACUCAGUAGCAAAAAAGCAUACUCAUAAUAAUAAACCCCUAAACUCACUCACUCACGAGAGAAGCAGAGACGGAAACGAAACUCCUUCAUGUAAUUCCAUGGUUUUUUUUAUGUAGAAAACAAGAAACAAAAAAAAUUAACGAAAACCAACAAACCCCUUUUUGUAUGUGUGUUUGUAAAUAUCUGUAAAAAGUCACCGUUUACUAGGGUAAAUUUUAUUUUUCUUGUUUAGAAACUGUAAGCAAUUUUCUAGAGCAAACGGAAAUGAGGAGAGCCAAUCCAACUCACUCGCUCUUGUUCUCUUUUCUCAGUACAUGGUACUUAAAAGGUCUCAGCAGAAAAAAAAAACAGAACAAAAAAACAGUAGGCAAAAUCACCGAAGAACAAAACAAAAAAAAACACGAAGAA